AUGUCCCGAGCAAAGAUAUCGGCAAUCGGGCUUGCUAGCGCGACUGUUGGCGCCAGUGGGGCUCUUCUUUACCAUUCCUACUCGGACGGAUCCAAACCCAAAAACGCGGCAGCUGUUCCACCCGCCCCAGGCAUAUCGACAAAAGCUCUGCCGGUUCAAACUUCAGCUCCGCUUCAAAUAUUCCCAGCAAGCUCCGACUUGGUGUCGCUUAACCACAAUGGCAUCUUGAAGUAUGGCUCACCAGGACCAGUGUUGGACGAGCUCAAGUCCUUGGCCCUGUGGGGAGCUUACGACCGUCGCACUCGAAAUCCUUGGUGGGUAGCUGAACAUAUCACAUCCGAGUCGGUGGCCCGGUCGGACGCAAAGCGCAACAACAGUGCUUUCUCAGAAGACAAGACAAUACCUCUGGCUUUUAGGGCGCGACUGAAAGACUAUUCGCACUCUGGCUACGAUCGCGGCCACCAAGUCCCAGCUGCCAAUGCAAACUGGUCCCAACAAGCUAUGGAUGACACAUUUAAGCUGACGAAUAUGUGCCCGCAAGUUGGCGAGGGCUUCAAUCGCCACUAUUGGUCGAGAUUCGAGAAUUUCUGCCGCAAUUUGACUCAGAAAUAUCCGUCCGUUCGCAUUGUGACUGGUCCUCUCUAUCUGCCAAAAAAAGACGACGAAGGGAAAUGGCGUGUAAGCUAUGAAGUGAUCGGAGAUCCUCCAAAUGUCUCAGUUCCGACCCACUUUUUCAAAAUCAUCUUUGCUGAAAACGAAGAUACCACGAACGAGGAUACGAGCAAAGUCGCAGUCGGUGCAUUUGUACUGCCCAACGCUUCUAUUGACAACAAAAAACUCCUCGCAGACUUCGAGGUAGACAUCGAGAUAGUUGAGCGGGCUAGUGGACUUCAAUUUGCCGAGCAACUAGCAUUGGAGAGACGGAAACGGCUUUGCGGAGAAGUGAAAUGUGAUGUCAGCGUAAGAAACUUUCGUGAAGCAUCGGCAAAGCCCAAGCUGUAA